GUGUCGCGGACUGAUCGCGUCACGCGCUCCGACCUCUUUCGUCGCAAGCGGUUGACGUCAUUCAGAGGCGGCAAGAUGGCUACGGCGGCUUGGCUGCAUGGCCCUAAGAAUAUGCGGCUGACUGAGGGCUUGGUGUCUGCGCUAAAAGAAGAGCGCCCCGAAUACUUGCCUGCGCUUUUGGCGGAUUACCGGGAGCACGGCGUGGUCGGGACGCAGAACUGCGGGACAGUGGGAGGACUUGUGGGCAUCAGCAACUCACGCCUGGGUUCCAGCAAAACAAGGUUUGAGGGUCUGUGCUUGUUGUCUAUGCUGGUGAAAGACAGCUCAAGUGAGGUGUUUCAGCAGCACUGUCUCUCAUGGCUUCGUUCUCUGCAGCAGAUCAUCCAGUCGCAGGCCCCUCUGCCAUCGGUGCAGUUGGCAGUGAGUGUGCUACAGGACGUACUGCAUUACUCGUCUCAGCUGCCCGAGCUCGCCAGAGAAGUGGGACUUAACUCCAUCCUAGGCAUUCUGACAUCUUUACUGGGCCUCAAGUCUGAGUGCCAACUGGCUGCCAUGGAGGGAAUGAUGGCUUGUAUGACGUAUUACCCUCGGGCAUGUGGAUCUCUAAAGGAAAAGCUGGGGGUUUAUUUCCUAUCUAAGAUGGACUCUGACAAUCCUAAAGUGCAGGAUGUGGCUUGUGAGUGUUACGGGCGACUGCCUUGUCUGGGAAGUGUGCUGGAGCGUGGAGGUGGUGGACGAAGAGCUGAGGGAUGGACCAGUCAUGUACACUGUCUUCUUGUAUCAGCCAAUAGCAUUCUGAGACAGUUAUACCAGGGCAUAGAAACAGAAGAGGCCAUACAGUAUGAGGGUCCAGGAGUAGAACUGUCCUUUUCUCCGCUGGACGAUGUUGAUCCACUGUUAAUUCUUCAGCUUCGCCAUCGUUACAAAGCAGUGUGCCUGGCUCUUAAACAUACACUCAGUGUUGAUCCUGCCACCUCAGUGCGUCUUCCCAUUCAGCAAGUCCUUAAUGUGGUGUGCCGUGCACUGGCUGUCAGCAUUAAAAAUAUUAAUGUCACAGGUGAAGGCUGCUUGAAACUGCUGGUAUUACCAUCAAUACACAGUGACUCUUUGGAGGUGCUCUCUGCUCUAAUUAAAGCUGUGGGUGCCGGCCUUGUACAGUAUUGCAAUGUGCUAUCCAGGCUUUUCUCGCAGGCACUAUGUGCAUGGUCGCCCCUGCCAGAGGCCAGCCUUGGUCAACAAAGAUCAUACAGUGCUGUCCGGGUCGCCUUGUAUAACACACUGGAGCUGUGGGUGCAUGUAGGCAGGGCCUCUUCCUCAGUGCUGCAGGGAAACUCCUCCCACUCAGAGCUGCUUUUUGCUCAUCUCAUCGGUGACAUUACACCAGGAAACGAGGCUGUUAAACUUCGUGCAGGACAGACACCGAUUUCUGACCUGGUUACUGCAGGGAAGCCGGGACCUAGGCGGACAAAAGGAAUGGGUAUAGGAGAUCCGGGUGGAGUCUCACUACAAAGAAAGGGUGAUGCAUUAGCCAAUCAGGACACUUGUUUUGCAGCUCUACGAGUUCUUAGGCAGAUCAUUUUGACUAGUGGCACACUCUUGAAAGAGGAUCUACACAAGAAACUGCAGGAGUUGGUGGUGCCACUGUGUGCAAGACUUCAGCAGCAGGCACAGAGCAGUAACUGGGAUGUGGAUAGUGUUAAUGGCCAGUAUGGCAGUGCUGCCCCACGCUGUGAACUCUAUGCCCUGUUGCUGGCUUUGGUGCUGGUCCCAUCUCCACGCUGGCCUGCUCCACUCUCCUGCGCUGUAUGCGUAUUCAGCCAAGGACGCAGAGAUCGUAACAUCACUGUUUCUUCAUUUUGUGCCGAGGCAUUGACUAUAUGCAAUGCUUUACUUCACCCACGUACUCCAUCCAUCUCCCUCCCUCUACCCCCACUUACUCUAAAGCCGACUCCAGCUUCGUCUGUCCUCGCCCCUACGCAGAAUCCCUCUCUCUCCCUCCCUACACUCUUAGGGGGACCUGCACCAGGACCUUCCUUUGCUCCCAGACAUCCUCUGAGUUUAGGCACUGCUUCGCUCCUAGGCUCUUUAGAGAAUCACCUUCCCCUGGGUGCUCCUGUCCUCCCCACACCAGCUGGUGCCACUGGUACCCAAGGUGAGUUGCUACUCUCCUCCUCUGCCCAAGCAGCUGAGCUAGCAGGAUUAGCACCCCCUGAAACCCAGCGUCAGGUGUUUGUGCGCUAUGACAAAGAGGAGCCUGAAGAUGUGGAGAUUUCUUUGGAAAGCGAUUCAGAUGACAGCGUGGUUAUCAUGCCCCAAAGCAUGAUGCUGGAGAUGCAGGAUGGAGCUGCUAACACGCAAAGUCUCCCUCCACCACCAGGCAGUGCUAUGCCUGUGCCAAAUGCUGGACUGGGAAAUGAAGCCGGCCCUGUUGAAACCUCACUUUCUAACGAUAUCCCCACAUCCAUCGCCCAUCAGCUGAUGCCACCCGAUUCCAACAUCAACUCUUUUCCAGGGUCUAGUCAAACAGAGCAGCUGGUUUCCCUGGUGCCACCUCUAAACUCUAAUGCUGUGACUCUUCCAGUAUCCUCUAGUGCACUGGGUAAUUCACUGCCUGCUGGUGCACAGCUUCAGCAGAUGUUGAUGCAGCCUUCAUCAGGUGGACAGCCAAACCAACUUGGACUGUCCUUACACAUGCAGCUCCAAAACCAACUAGUACAGUCCAGUCGUCAGCCUGCCGCCAAUGAGCAGGACCAGAACGUCAUUAACAUAAACAGCACAGAUGAUGAAGAAGAGGAGGAGGAGGAGGAAAUGGAAGAUGAAGAAGAACUGGGAGAGGAGGAAGAAGAGGAAGAGGGCCUGGAAGAGGAUGAAGAGGAAGAUGAACGCAGAUAUCGUGAUUCGUUCUGCCGGGAGGAAUAUGAGUGCUUUGAUGAUGAGGAGGAGGAUGAUGAUGAAGGGGAUGAGAUGGAGGAGGAAGACGAAGAGGAGGAGGAUGAUGAGGAAGAAAUCCAGGAGGCUGAGAUCUUGGAGGCUGAAAACCGGAGGAAUGUUCUUGGUGCAGAGGAGGGGGAAGUAAUGAUUGAAGGGCAAGAAGAAAGGGGGGUGGGCCCAUUCCCAAUUGAGGGUGAAAGACAGGAAGAAGGUGGAAUUGAGGAAAUGAAGGCGGUGCAGAGCAUCUAUGAGGAAGAGGAAAUAAAGGACAAAGGGGGCGUAGAAGAGAUUGAGAACAUUGGUGCUGUAGAGAGGAAUGAAAGUGUGGUGGGAGAGCAACAGAUAGAGACUCAUGUGAUUGGUGCAGAGGCAGAGCAAAGCGAAGAAAAUGCUUCUAUAGAAGCAGCCGAUCAAGAAGUGCAGUCACAAGAAGAGGAAGCAUCCGGACCACAGUCAGUGGUGACCGCUGAGGAUUCUGGGAUAAUUCCAGAGGGACAGGAGCAAGAGGUGGCAAUAGAGGUCAGAGAUGACGAGCAAAGUGCCGCAGCACAACAAGAGGAGAUCCCCAAUGCAAACACAGCAACUACGUCAGAGGACGCUGUACCACAGCAAGCAGUGGAGGCAGCAGAGAAAGAGGUGGCUGGAGAGACUCAGGUAGAGCAAGAAGAGGCACGUGGGACAAAGAGGAAAAUAGAGGACAGAGAAGAAGGAGAGGAGUCUGAACAAAGCAGUGAGAAGAAAAAGCUGGAUGAUGAGGCAAUGGCUUCCAUGUUGGCGGAUUUUGUGGACUGCCCUCCAGACGAUGAGGACCACGGUGCAUCUCACUCACAUGCUUAAAUUAAAUCCAUCUUCAAGAGCCAUAAUUUGUUUGUUGAUGUCCUGGACUCCUUCCGAAGGUUCAUGCAUUAUUAAUUACAUACAGAAUAUAAUUCAUUUAAACCUAAAACCUUUUAUCAACUGUAAUGACCAAGUUAACGGUUUUUAUCUGUGAUGCAGUCAUGGUGUACCUCUUGAUACUUUCUUUUAAUGGUAUCUGAAGUUUUUUUCUGACUUAAAUGUUGGAACUGAUUGUGUUACCAUCCAAACAGUUGGUCAGUAUUUUGUGUAAAUUACUUCUCACAGAUCAACCAGCAAUCUUCCCUGUGAGAGAGAAAAAAUGUACAGACAGACCUGUUGGUGUUCAGAACAUGGAUUGCAUGCCUUCAGCCUUCCUACUUAACUUUACAAUUGGAGUAUGGUUCCUUCUCUGUAACAUUUACACUAAAACAUUUGGGGAUCACCAUGUGGAAGAUGAUAUGGUUAUUGUAGUUCUUAUGGAUUUUUUUCCUCGUAUUUCAGUUUUGUACCAUCAUUUGUUACAUAUGUGUUUAUUUUCUGUUGGUCACAAAAGACAAUUAAAAGCAAAAGCAAAAAAAACCUAAA